AUGGAAGAGCCAUUUGAUCCGGAGGCGACUCCAAAAGCCGAACAACCAUCGUCAUCAACAGCGAAGUCAAUAAAGAAAUUAGCGCCUGAAACUCUUAAAGUUGUGCCACGUUCAGUAAAGCGAAAAGCUGCAGUCGAAUUGGAGACGCCAAGGUUGGCGGCUGGAAGAGUGGGUUUCAUUUUUGAACUACGGAAUGUCAACUGGGUGUGG